AUCGCCGCCUUCGCUUCGGAAUCAAAAGGAAGCUCCUUCUCAGGCUAGAACCAUCCCAUUCUCAACGCCUCGUCUGGUGCGGGCUGCACGUAGGCAUGAUGGACGACCUGAGCAGUAACUCGUCCGACUAUGCCGCCAACAGCUGGGUGACAUGGUUCCUCAGCACAAAGGGCAACGAGUACUUUUGCGAAGUCGAUGAGGACUACAUCCUCGAUCGGUUCAACCUCACCGGCCUCAAUGGCGAGGUGCAGCACUACCCGCAGGCCCUCGACCUCGUCACGGACGCCCUUGAAGACGAUCUGGACGAUGAGGCGAGAGACUACAUCGAGGCGCAAGCUCGGCUGCUGUACGGUCUCGUCCAUGCCCGGUACAUCAUCACAACACGCGGACUCGCAAAGAUGCUCGAAAAGUACAAGCGUGCCGAUUUUGGUCGCUGCCCGCGGGUCCUGUGCUACCAACAGGCGCUUCUUCCCGUCGGCUUGUCCGACCAACCGUUCCAAAAGGCCGUCAAGCUCUUUUGCCCGCGCUGCGAGGACAUCUACAGCCCAAAGUCGAGUCGGCACGGCACAAUCGACGGCGCCUUCUUCGGCAGCACCUUCCCACAUAUGCUCUUUAUGGUGUAUCCGCACAUGCUGCCGAGCAAGUCGCAGACGUCGCAGUCGCCCUUCUUGCUGUCCCAAGGUGCUGGCUCUUCGAAUCGGACGAGCCACGAUGGGGGAGUACCAGGCGGUGGGGUUGGUGGGACAGGCGGCCCAGGUGGGAAAUUCAUGCAGGAUGGAACUGGGGCCGGAGGACAGCAAGGGGAUGGCGACUCGCCCACCUCUAGCUUCUCGCCGUUGGCAGCUGGCCCGGGCGGCUCGGCGCAACAGGGUGGGGCAGGGACAGGAAGCGGCAACGGGCUGAUCCCGGGAGCAGGCGCAGGCGCAGGAACGGCGGGCGGAGGUGGAUCGGGCCCAGCAGGGGCGCCGGGCGGAUCGACGGCGAAUGCAGCGCUGAAGGUGGAACGCUAUCGACCGAGAAUCUUUGGCUUUCCCACUCAUGAGACGGCAAAGCUUCAUCGAUGGCAGGAGAGGCAGCGGGAUAUCCAGAUUGAGCGGCUCGAGAGGGCAGAGGCGGGCGUCGUCAUCAGUGCCGCGCCCGACGCGGGUGUGGGCCCAGAAGCAAGGACGGGGACUGGGGGUCUGGAUUAGACCAGCGCAAAGGGACCAUGAAACCAGAUACUAUGUCAUCUAUCCAUCACACUAGGCUCAAAAGACACGAUAAAGGAGGCAUGGCUCUCUCUCUAUAUCUCUGUCAUCUGCCACAAUUAAACAUGUAUUGACAAGU